GACAUCCGUAACUUGUCUCAGCUCGUGCACUCCCCGGACGGAGGGUACUACUUGUACUCCAACUCCCUUAACCAGAUGUUUGUGCACGUCCCCCUCACCCCGACUCCCUACUGGUCGGAGAUGUCUGCGGCCAACAUCCCUCUGGCUUCUACCCCCAACGAUGGCACCUACCACUCCUACUACGGCUCCGAGCACGAAGCUGGCUUCGUCAGCGGAACUGGUGGCUUCAAUGUCGGCAUGGUGAACGGCCAGUAAACGGUGAAUUGAGCUGAUAUCGAAUAUGAGUACAAGUAUUUGUU